CAGCACAAACGAAGCACUUCCACCUUCCACUCCGCAUCAGCCACUCCACGAGCUAACGUUAUGCCUCAUCAAUCGUCUCUACCCGGGCGGCAAAACAGAAUCUCGAGCGUUCUCUCGAAAGCGCCUUGGUUGACUCAAGACCUUGCAAAGCCGCCUCCAAGUGGUCUAGGAUGCCCAUUGCAACCGUUGAGGAGGAGACACUACAGCUGUGCAUAUGGCUCAUCUACCACCCUACUAGUUCUAUAAUGUUUCAACCUGAGCUCUGUAUCAAGGUCCCAUGUCAGCAUCUUCAUGAGCGCGAAGUGCUGCUUCUGUCCAUCCUCGAGAUCGUACUUGUGGCAUUCGCCCACAUCCCAAACAGGGCACGUAUGUCAAACCCGGAGAACGCAUGGCAGAGUCGUGGAGUACGGUAUGCACGGGGAGUCACGACGCGAAUGGAACUUAUCAUUCAGUGGAGUUCAUGCUUGCCUUACGUCGUCGCAGAAAACCACAAGACAGUCUGGUGGAUCGGAGAUGGAGGGUCGAUGGCCAUUGCUAACACUUCCCAUGAGACAUGAAGCAUGCCAGUUUUGCGAUGUGUGGUGCAGGCAGCUUCCAAGUACCAACGCAUCGGGCAGUAUGCAGGCGACGCCGGCUCGCACGGGCGUGUUCGGAGGCAUACAGUCUCCUCUGAGCAGUGGACUUUGCAGGAGAGUUCCAUGCACGACAUGUGAGUGUAAACUACAUGUACUAUAUCCGCCUUACGGUGGCACUGUGGCACGUAUUGCUUACGUCAACGUUCAAUGAUGCUCGUCGGGCUUGGAGCCAUCGAUGGCCAUUCUUCCAAGUUCAGUACUCAAGACUGAGUAACAAGAUGAUGCUACUCCGAAGUAAACUCGCUAACCCGACA